AGCUAAUCAAAAAUGCAGAAAUCCACAAUUUAAAAUAAUAGCUUAAUAUAAAAUAGCUUACUAGCUAAAUCUUAGCUCGGAAUAAACUAAGUCAGCUGCACUGCCAACACUGGACUCUUUUCCAACACAUCUUUUGUUUAUUUACUUUUAUUAAUUUAUUGUUUGCCAUGCCGAUUGUGGUGAUUACGGGUCUGCCGGCCAGCGGCAAGUCCACACGAAGCCGACAGGUGCGGGAUUAUUUCAUCCAGCGGGGCAAGAAGGUUCAUCUGAUCAGCGAAAACGAGGCUGUGCCGAAGGCGCUCUUUGGCAAGAACCAGCACGCAGGUGAUUCUCAAAAGGAAAAGGUAGUGCGUAGCGAUCUCAAGUCAGCGGCUUUGCGUCACGUCAACAAGGAAGAUCUGGUCAUUCUAGAUGCCGGCAACUACAUCAAGGGCUAUCGGUAUGAGCUCUACUGUGCCACCAAGGCAUCCAGGACCACACAAUGCACGCUGUUCUGCUGUAUUCCCCAAGAGCAGGCCUGGACCUUCAAUACCCAGCGAACAGCGCCGGACGAGGUGCCGCAGGAAACGGAAACUGGACAGCCGUUGGACAAUUCGGAUGUGCCGUACACCCGCGAGAUCUUCGAUGCCCUGUGUAUGCGUUACGAGGAGCCGCAAAGCAAUAACCGCUGGGACAGCCCUCUGGUGGUGGCGCUGCCCGAGGACACGCUCGACGUCGAGGGAAUCUACAAAGCCCUGUAUGAAACGCAGCCCCUGCCACCCAACCUGAGUACCCAGAAUGCCCCACUGGGAGCUACCAACUACCUAUUCGAGCUGGACAACAUCAUGCAGUCAAUUAUCAAGGAGAUUCUUGGUGCCGUGAAGAUAAAGGCCUUUGGACAGCUGCGCAUCCCGGGUAGCAAUAAUCCUGUGAAGGUGACCACCUCAAUGAACGCGCUUCAGCUAAACCGUCUCCGCCAAAAGUUCAUAACGAGCACGUGUCGCGCCAGCCAAACAUCGCCCACGCCCCUGGAGCAGGUGCCGCAGCUGUUUGUCCAGUUCAUCAAUGCUAAUACGAUUGGCUGCUAGGAUUGUGAUUUUAAUAAAAUAAGGUUUUAUAACGAAA